AGAAGGAGGAGGACGUGAGGGGUGGGAAUAGAGACGAGAAUAACACAAGUUCGUUAUCAGAGCUUCUCUUUCUCAAGGUCUUCAAUGGCUUUGGCUGGAGAGAUCCUGACCAAUCGCACUGCCGCUUAGCCAGAAACUCACCAUUCAGCGUUCAUCCAGCAGACAUCCUGCGAAGCCACACACAAGAAGCUCAUGCCUCAUAGAAGUGAUCACAGACAUCCAGAGCCUGGUGAUGAUGGAGGCCUGCUGUGGUGCUCUGCACUGAGGAAGCUCACCAAAGUGAUCUAGAUCUUUGUCGAUUGUGUAUCCAGAGGUUAAAACAGGUCAAAUCGAGAUUGUAUCAAACAAGACUGCAGAGGAAGAAACUUUCUGAACUUUCAGGAACUUCCAUGAACUUCUAGGAAUUUCCAUGAACUUCUAGGAACUUCCAGGAACGUCCAGGAACUUCUAAGAACUUCUAGGAACUUCCAGACCUUUCACCUGAAGCAGCAGAAGGAUGAACAUGACGAUGAUCUGGACGAUGCUGCUGAGCUUCAGUCUCAGCUGGCUCCUGGCUCAUACACACAGUACACACCUGGUCUCCCACACCUGCUCAGCCAAUGGCACGACUCGCUCGUUCUUCUGUCUGGGUAGUAAAGUCCAUCAAUUGUCAAGCGCCAUACCCAAAAAUACCACAUACGUGGAGAUUAAGCUGACUCAGAUCACUGUGUUUCCACAAGGAGCCAUCUCAUCUCUUCACGAGCUCAAACGCAUAAUGGUGUCUGAGAACGGAGCCCUCAAGCAAAUCAGAGCCCACGCCUUCGCAAACCUCACCAAACUAGAGGAGAUAACUAUAACUAAAUCUAAAAACCUUGUCACCAUACACAAAGACGCCUUCUGGGGACUCCCAAAACUGAAAUAUUUGACCAUUUCAAACACUGGUCUCACAAUUCUGCCAGACUUCUCCAAGGUCCAGUCUUCUGCGCUCGAGUUUCUGUUUGACCUACAAGACAACAUGCACAUAGAGGUGAUACCAAGCAAUGCUUUCUAUGGACUUACCAGCGGUAUCAUAACUGAACUGCGACUGACCAAGAACGGGAUCACUAAAGUGGACGUUAAUGCUUUCAAUGGUACCAAAAUGGAAAAAUUGUUUCUCAUGGGAAAUCAACAACUGAAGAAUAUCCACAGCAAUGCCUUUCUAGGAGCUGAAGGCCCUGUCGUUCUGGACGUCUCUCGUACUGCCAUCAGUUCCUUACCUGAGAGCAUGCUGAGGAGUCUGAAGCUGCUGACCGCCACCUCUGUCUACUCUCUGAGAUGGUUACCCAGUCUGGAGCUGUUUGCUGAGCUCACCCAGGCCAACCUCACCUACCCCAGCCACUGCUGCGCCUUCAAAAACUUCAAAAAGAACAAGUCGGAGAAGAACAAUUUGUGUAAUGACCCCACCCUCCGCAACCAGGAGCCAGGCUUUUUCGAGGAGCACUGUAAGGACGUGAUCAAAGUGACCUGUUUUCCAGAACCGGAUGCUUUCAACCCAUGCGAGGACAUCAUGGGCUUCACCUUCCUGAGGGUUCUUAUCUGGUUCAUCAGUAUCCUGGCCAUUGUGGGAAACUCCACUGUCCUCCUGGUGCUCCUCAGCAGCCGUUACAAGCUGACUGUGCCCAGGUUCCUCAUGUGCCACCUGGCUUUCGCUGACCUCUGUAUGGGGCUCUACCUGCUGAUGAUCGCUGCCGUAGACAUCCAAACCCGCUCCCACUACUACAACUACGGCAUCGACUGGCAGACCGGCCCAGGGUGCCGGGCGGCCGGCUUCUUCACGGUCUUCGCCAGCGAGCUCUCUGUCUACACUCUGACAGCCAUCACUCUGGAGCGUUGGCACACCAUCACUCACGCCAUGCAGCUGGAGAGGCAGCUGCGCCUGCGCCAUGCAUGCGCACUGAUGGCAGGUGGAUGGAUCUUUGCUGUACUGACUGCACUGCUGCCCAUGUUGGGCGUGAGCAGCUUCAUGAAAACCAGCAUCUGCAUACCCAUGGACGUGGAGACUGCACUAUCGCAAGGCUACGUGAUACUGCUCCUGCUGCUCAACGUAGCUGCGUUCCUUUGCGUCUGCGCAUGCUACCUGCGCAUCUACAUGACCGUGCGCAACCCUGACUUUGUGCACGCCCAUGCAGACAUGAGGGUGGCCAAGCGCAUGGCCGUGUUAAUCUUCACCGACUUCCUCUGCAUGGCACCCAUCUCCUUCUUCGCCAUCUCUGCCGCACUCAAGCUGCCACUCAUAACAGUGUCUCAUGCCAAGGUGCUGCUGGUGCUCUUCUACCCAAUCAAUUCAUGUGCCAACCCCUUCCUCUACGCCUUCUUCACAAAGACCUUCAAGAGGGACUUCUUCAUGCUGGCCAGUCGCUUCGGCUGCUUCAAGACAAGGGCACACAUGUACCGCACCGAGACCUCCUCUGGGCAAAACGGGGUGGCAGACCUCUCCAAAGACCAGCGACGGGACGCUCUACUCACUCGUGCACCUCAGUCACCCUCACUUAACCCACUGACCUCCACUGACCCCCACUGACCCCAUGGACCCUACUGACCCCAAUGACCUCACCAUCCCCCAGAGCUUUCCAGAGCUUUGAACUGCAAGCUGCUCUUACGUCUUAUGUUCUCCUACAUACAAUAUGUUCAUUUUAAUCCUGUACCUGGCCUAUAGACCUGUUCGCAAAUUGGUGUUGGGGGAAUUUCUCACUUGAACUGAGUUAAUGGGUCCCUAGACAUGAAAAAUCCCAGAGGUGCUCAUCCGCCAUAGUGCCACGAAUUCCCCAAUGGUCACAUCA